ACUGUCAUGUACACAUACGGUUGCGUCAGGUUGAGCUGGGUUGAGCAAUUUUCAUCGAGGUUGUUUAUGUUUUUUAUUUUGUUUGCGGAAAGUUCGGAGAGUUUGUUGUUUGAGAAUUCGCGAAACGCGAUGUCCACGUCGCAAUAGAUGAGAAUUCAUCUAACGAGUAGUUUGUAUUAGACUUUUUUUGGUCUAAAAAGAUCAAGAAUACAUGUGCGGAGAAUUUUUUCCCACCGUACGCGUCUGGUUUACUUUUUUAAAGGAAAUAAUAAAAAAAAAAUUGAAAUAUUAUGGAAACGACACCGGUCGAAACCGCGGAGGAGGGUGGCGAGAAGGUCCAAACCAGUCCGCCGAUCCAGAUAGUGCGAGUGCCGGUGAAACACGCCAAUCUGGGGAUACGAAGUCACGCCAUGGAUAUGAGCACAAUGGUGGAACUGACGUCGUUCAGCACGCUCGGAAAGAUACAGCCGUUUCUGGUGACCGUCACGACCACCGCAGCUUUACUGGUUGAUCUGCAUUGCCAUUUAACGGACAAGGAAGUCUGCGGCUAUCUGGGCGGACAUUGGGACAUCAAUUCACACAAUCUCUCUAUAACUUGCGCAUUUCCGUGCCGAUACUCCGGCAAGGAUAAAUCAGCCGCGGCAGCUGUGGAAGCUGAAAUUGCAAGAGCCAUGGAAUGGAAGCGAGUUACACUUGUAGGCUGGUAUCACUCUCAUCCGCGUUCUCACGCGUCACCAUCGUUGAGGGAUGUGGACUCUCAAUUGGAUUAUCAAAUUAAAAUGAAAGGGCCUAGUGAUAACGGAUACACACCGUGCGUGGGAUUGAUAUGCUCUCCUUACAACAUGGAUGGCAAUUGUUACGAAUCCAAUUUCAAUGUCUUUUGGUCUUUGCCACCUCCUGAAAACAGGCCUCACGAGUAUCCUCGACCCAUGCUUUUAAGUUACACAUUGUCACAGGAGCAUUUUCUUGCUCAAGAUACUUUGGAAGAAAUUAGAAGAUGUAUAGAAUAUUAUAAGAGCGAAGGCGGCAUUGAUUUUACCGCCAACUUUAACGGCAACACAACGUAUCUCGAACGUUUAAGAUGUUCUCUGGCGUCUAAGCUGCCCGGUCGUAACAGAUCGAACGGAUCUUAUUGGGACGUGAUCAGAGAAAUGAUUUGCCCGGGUUCGGAUGAUGGCAACGCACCCGAGUUCCUAGCCAUGAAAUUUCCCUUGGUGCCGUCCUCGGAUUCGCUUGGACCGCCUGUUCCGCCGGGUGUAGGUCUCACAGCCGGUAACGCGGUCUUUCUCGCCCCGGUCAACUUCAAACCGGACGGCGGCGCUAUAAUCACUCCAACAUCCAAACCGUUCGUAUUGCAACCGUCUACUUCUCGAGACGGCAUCAAGAAGGACAGCAACAUAGGUCCCAACGAUCCCGCGUCCAUCACUCAGAUAAAAGAUGGCAACGCGGUCAUAAGUUCCAAGCACAUGUCGCCGGAUAUCAUACCUAGCUUCCAGUCGGGCGAGCUCACGGUAUCGGUGAAGAACACGAAGUGCGACUACGAUUUUGCGCCAGCGGAUUUCUCAAAACUGCCGAAUCCGCUGACCGGCGACAGCGCCGUUCCCAAAAUCCGACCGUCGACAAAUCCCGACUUCCCAUUGACGGAUAUCACCCAGCAGAUCACCAAGUUCUCGGAUUUGACCAAAUUGGCGAACUUCUCCAGUGCCGAUCUGGCAAAACUGUCUGGUUUCUCUAUCACGGACUUCACGCGCACCUCAUCCUCGUCCUCGCCGUCCACGUAUAUGCGUAACAUCGCGAAUCUGUUCGGUCCUCUCGGCAAGAUCUCACCGGCAAAAGACGUCGAGGGCAACGAACGCAAACCGGGCAACGAAUUCGUCACCGUUGACGCGGUACCGUCGCCCUUCAAAACUGCCGCCGUUACGUCGGAAACCUGUCGAAACUUUUCAACAGCAACCAUCGAUGAUUACACGAGCGAGCGAAAGAAAUUGGACGCGCAGCAGACCGACUCGUCGACGAAACUCGUCAGACCGGGCGAUUAUCAAGGAACGGAGGAUCUCACGAUAUCGAGCAUUAAAUCUGAUUUUAGCGGAAUGCUGGACAUGACAACGAUCCAUAAGAAGCAACAGUCGCAAACGGCCGACAUAAUAGAUUCUUUGAAUCUUUCGAAAGAUCGUUAAACUAUAUAUUAUUAUUAUAUAUAAAAACUCAUUUAUAAUAUUGCAAUAAGUAUUAUACUAUAGAAUUGA